GGCGUGAGGUGCUGGUGGCCGGCCGGGCCACGCUGCGGGAGCAGCCGCCGCCGCGUUGCACCACUGCGCCAUGUCCGGGCAGCUGGAGCGCUGCGAGUCCGAGUGGCACGAGCUGGAGGGAGAAUUUCAGGAAUUGCAGGAGACGCACAGGGUCUACAGGCAGAAGCUGGAGGAGCUGACCGCGCUGCAGACCUCGUGCAGCGGCUCCAUCAACAGGCAGAAGAAGCGCCUCAAGGACCUCAAGCACACCCUCCAGAGGUACAAGCGCCAUGCCAGUCGGGAGGAGGCGGAGCUGAUCCAGCAGAUGAGUGCCAACAUCAAGGAGAGGCAGAACGUCUUCUUCGACAUGGAGGCCUACCUGCCCAAGAAGAACGGGCUCUACUUGAAUCUGGUCCUUGGAAAUGUGAACGUGACCCUUCUCAGCAACCAGGCCAAGUUUGCCUACAAGGACGAGUACGAGAAGUUCAAGCUCUACCUGACCAUCAUCCUACUCCUGGGCGCGGUGGCCUGCCGAUUUGUCCUGCACUACAGGGUGACGGAUGAAGUGUUCAACUUCCUGCUGGUGUGGUACUACUGCACCCUCACCAUCCGGGAGAGCAUCCUCAUCAGCAAUGGCUCCAGGAUCAAAGGCUGGUGGGUGUCUCACCACUACGUCUCCACGUUCCUGUCCGGAGUGAUGCUGACCUGGCCUAACGGACUAAUUUAUCAGAAGUUCCGCAACCAGUUUUUAGCAUUUUCCAUUUUUCAGAGCUGCGUCCAGUUCUUACAGUAUUAUUACCAGAGAGGCUGCCUGUACCGGCUUCGAGCCCUGGGAGAGAGGAAUCACCUGGACCUCACGGUGGAAGGAUUCCAGUCCUGGAUGUGGCGGGGCCUCACCUUCCUCCUGCCGUUCCUGUUCUGUGGCCACUUCUGGCAGCUCUACAACGCUGUCACGCUGUUCGAACUCUCCAGCCACGAGGAAUGCCGAGAAUGGCAGGUAUUCGUGCUGGCCCUCACCUUCCUCGUGCUCUUCCUCGGCAACUUCCUGACCACACUCAAAGUCGUGCACGCCAAACUCCAGAAGAACAGAAACAAGACGAAGCAGCUGUGAGCUGCACUGGACUCGCGUGCCCUCGGCCCCCAGACCUCGGGACUGUGCUGCCAGGUCCUUCCCCCGCUGGGCUGGUGGCAUCACCUGGCCGGGGAGGCAUGGGUGCCGCCUGUCUGCACAGUAUUAGCCCCUGCCUAUUUAUGACGUAUUUAACACUGGGCCUUCCAGCUUCCCUGGGAUCUGGGGCCUUCCCUGCUUGCCCUUGGCCAUGGCCAAGGCCGAGUCAGUCUUCCUGGGGUGGGGGUGGGGGACCGAAGCCUCAGGGAUCCCCUUGGUUUCUACUCCUGUCAUUUGAACCCCCACGUGGGUGGGGGUUGGGCCGUGCUCCAGGGUUGGACCCAUGCCCACCUGCUGCUCGCCGCGUCCCAGGCACCAGGUGGAAUGCAACCCUCGGCAUCCUAUGGUGCCGGCCCCAGGCCGCUCUGCCUCUGCUGUAAGCCCCCCUCCACGGUGGGCUUCAUCACGUUCUCAGAGAACCUCCGUCUUGCCUGUCUUGCCUCGUGCUCUCUGCCUCCUGAGUGGCUGGCUGCCCAUGGCCACUGACUCCCUGGAGCCACAGGGUGGUCCUGGGCAAGGAGGCCCCAGGUCACCACCAGAGGGCGCUCUGGGCUCUGCCUUGAGGGGCCCUGGCCUUGCUGACACAGUCUGGGCGUGCUUCUGAGUGUUUGCCUACCCCCAACCUUCUGCCACCUCCCAGAUGAGCAGAAAGGGCCCCCGUCUGUGCUGGUAGGUUCUGGAAUGUGGAGGAGGGAGGUGGGGGCCUGACCCCAGCCUCUAAGUCCAGCCAGGUGUGCUGGCCUCACUGGCGGUCAGGCUGUGAGGUCGGAAGGGGAGAGGCCGGCAGGGGCCUGUGAGGGGUGUGUUUCUUCUCCCCACCCCAGGCCUUGGCUGCUGUUAGUUGUGACUUCACGGGGCCCCUAAAGGGUUUUCCAUCUUUAGACUUUAGAUUACUAAGAAGGGGAUUUCCUCUCCCCCACGUGAAAAUCAAGAUUUCUGCUUAGAAAACUGGAAAAAUCUGGCAACAUCGCCAGAGGACGUUUGUCCCAGGCCCCACCGUGCUCCCUGCUGCUUUGGGGUCUCCCACGUGGCCCCCGGUUUCCUGUGAAGCAGCAGAGGGCAGAUACCUUGGGCUUCAGUGACCAGAGUUACAGGGCAGAAACAGGAGCGAGUGGGCGUAAACAAACCUUUAUUGACAAAGACAGGCAGUGGCCCGCUGGCCUCCACUCCAAGCCAUCACUUGCCUACGAGGCCUCUGGCUGUGCCAGGACAGCAAUGCCGCCAGGUCUUCCGGGAUGGCAGGCUCUGGGGACCCGGGUGGGUGGGAAGUGCCCGUCCCUGGCACCCGGACUUCCGAGAGGCUGAGGCUCAGUUGGGGCCCCAGCGCUGGGCAGGGGAGCUGAGGCCGGGGUACCAGGAGGACAGGAGUCCCCUGAGCCCAUCCUAGGGAACACCAACUCCUAGGCCCACCAGGGGCACUUGUUCCAAAUGUCCUGGGCUGAGAGUGGGCCUUUAGCCUGGUGCUUGAGAUGCCCGCACUCCACGUUGCUGUACCUGGUUUGAUACCUGGUCUGGAUCCCGACUCCAGCUUCGUGCUGGUGUAGACCCUGGGACGGCUCAAGUCAUUCAGUCUCUGUCUGAGAGCUGGAUUGCGGUUCCAGCUCCAAGCUUUGGUCCUGGUCCAGCCCUGGCCGUUGCAGGUGUUUGGAGAGGAAACCGGCAGAGAGCAGCUCACUGUCUCAAAUAAAUAAGUGAAAAAAAGUUUUUAAAAAGUCCUGGACUCCUGACCCCAGACCUUCUAGAAGGAGGUUCAGGCUUCUGAAAAUGGCUGUUGCCCACACAGCGGUCCACGCCCUGGAUGUGAGGCACCAUCCCACGUGGAUAGGAGUGGUCCUGGCAGCCUCGAGUGAGGCUGUGAGGGAUGGAGGUGGGGCACCUGCUGCCACUCCGAACCGGCCAGUCCUGUCCUCCUGCAGGUGGGGAAGUGGGGUCUGCAGAGAACGGACUUGCCCGAGGCCACCUGGGGCUCCUGAGCCUCAGUGUCCGACCGCGGGGCACAGGGAGGGGAGGAGCCCUUGGGCAGAGGCCAGCAGGUGGUCCAGGGUCCAUGCUGACCUUCGCAGAGGUUCCCUUCUUCCCCACGGGCACCUGAGCCCAGCUGCGAAGACAGGGCGGCCAGGCUGAGGCAGAGGAGAGGGAGGGGGCUGGGCCAGCCCCACAUCCGGGGCUGCUGCCUGCCUUCCCCUGAUAGGCUCUGGGCCCAUGGCGGCCCUGAGUCCCUGGGGGAAAGAAGGAAGAGGCUGGAGGAUGCGGCCACGGCUAUCUCCGGAGUCAGGCGGGCAGAGGCACACGCACACACAUAGCCGGCGCAGGUCCCGUUCCAAGCUUCAAGUGGGUGUGCGGAGUGGGGCACGCGGCUGGCGGAGGCUGUGAGGAGGCCGCCCUGAGUCUUGGGAGGGCCGUGGAUCCGACAGUAGGUCCCCACCGUGCUCCAGCCCAGAAAGGAGCGCUCCAGAACGUCCCACGAGUCUGGCACUGGGGCGCGGGGUGGGGCGGGCCCAGCCCAGCGCUGUCAGUCCUGGGGAGGCCGCCGGCCGGGUCACAGCAGCAGGCAGAGCCGGCGUUGUUUGUGCCGCUGCGCUUUCUUCAGAGCGCUGAGGG